AUGGCGGCGACCGGCGGCGCAGACAUUGAGGAGCUCGUCAAGCAGAUCACAGACCACCCGGGCGUGCGGGGGAUGAUCAUCGUGAACACGGACGGCAUCCCCAUUCGCCACACAUUUCAGGAACACUCCCGGCCCCUUGCCGUGCAGUACAGCGCGCUGUUCCAGAGUCUGGCGAUGAAGGCGCGAAGUGCAGUGGUCGACCUAGACAGCAACAACGACCUGCUUUUCCUGCGUGUACGGUCAAGGAAGCACGAGGUGCUUGUGGCCCCCGACACAAAGUAUCUGCUCAUCGUCAUCCAACAGGCUGAGAGCGAGGGCGAAUUGCCCAUCGGAAAUGGGAAGAAGGCGUAA